CAUACGUGAUAUGGUUAAGUUCGUGGCCUCUUCGCCAUUUGGUAUUCACAAGGCACGAGGACGAACGGCCAUGAAUUAUUUAAGCUCACACAUAUCCAACGGCGCGACCAAAGCUGGCAAAUCCAGCAGUUAUACGUCGAGACCGUUAUUAAGAGUGAAUCCCAAUAUUUUCAGUAAAGAUGAUAAAGAUAUUAAAACAGUGAAAAAUCUAGGAGGAGAUGAAGAUGUGAACAAAUACAAGAGCGAUUUAAAGAGCACGAAGAGCAAUUAUUGGAAGGACGUUUUUUGCAAUCAAUGGCUGUUAGCAUUGCAAGGAAUUGCAAUAAUCAUCUUAAUCCUUACGAUAGGCACAUGGAUGGGACAAGAGUGUAAAGACAACGUCGUUAAUGACGUUCCGGUAUUAGUAGAAUCGUGGCGUUCAGCGAUCGAACAAUUGAAAGAAACCAUUCUUGAUGUAGGACCGAAAUUACGAUCAUAUUAUAAUAUUGAAGAGGAUUUUCAUCAAAAAAGAAGACCAAGUAUUUUAAGGAGAUAUCGCUUCCUUUGUAACUGAUGUUAACUGAGAAACAGCUGUAAGAGACAGCUUUUUCUCAUUUCAAGAACUUUAUUUACACACAUUGAAAAAUGAAAACGUUUUCUAUAAUCGACAAAAUAAAAUAAAUAUACUAAAUCGAUAAAUUAAAUAAAUCUUUUGUGUCAUAAAUAUUCUCUAAUUUUCCUACAAAAUAAGUUUGUUAUAUAAAGCAGUUUUAAUAAACUCGAUUAAUAUAAAUGCUACUCGAGAAAUAAAAUAUGGCGAUGUAUCGCUCGAACGUUAAUGGAAAUUGGUAGUUUGGCAUCACUUUUUAUAUGACAUAUAUACCAGACAUGCGAGACGCGGAUGACGUAAAUGACGUUUAUUUGCAUUUAUGUAUUAUGUAUUUA